UUCUACGUAGCCUUCAGCACAACGUAAUAGAAUACUCCUCCUACGCUCCAGUUGCUGAUUGGCGUUACGCAGGUAUCCAGCUUUUAUUUAUUAGCCCAAAGCUUGGACGUCUCAUUCAUCCUGACCGGAUCUCACUGCAGGAUCUAUCUGUUCACACUUUACUCUGCACCAUUGCGCACGCAGCUGACUCUUUGAACAAACUAUCUGCUCGACAGAACACAGGCGGUGCUGAGAAAAUGAGGAGAGGCUUGCUGCUGGUGACUCUGUUCCUUAUCAUGAAACUUCGAUACAGCCAGUCAAGAUGCGAGGAGCCCGGAUCGCGCACAUCAACUUCAGAUCAAACCACAGGCUUGGACAACUUCAAGCGGAACAUUCUGAAGAGGUAUAGCGAUUUGGAUUAUGACAGCUUUGUGGGUCUGAUGGGGAGAAGAAAUGCUGAUGCAAACGCUGUACAGGCACCACAAAAAAGGGAAAUGAAUGACAUUUUUGUUGGUCUUAUGGGAAGGAGAAACUCAGAGCCUGAUAAUGGUCCCUGGAGGAGAGAGUACCCAGAGAGGAAAGGCAUUUUUCUCAACAAGUGCAGGCUGAGGUUCCUUCAGGGGCUGUAGACAUUCACUCCAAAGAAACUCUCUAAUCCGGCAACAGUGACAGAAGAUCACAGAGAACACAACCAAUGAACUAACUGUCUGAUGGAAACAACUAAAGACCUACGAGCAGGCACUACAUAGAUUGCAUUUGUUGUAUCUGAAGACAAAACAUGAUUAGUAGUAACAGCCAAUACAUUCUAUUCCUUUAUCAUGUUAUACCUUUUUCUUCAAAAGCUCAAAAUAAAAAUCGUUUUGUAUACAU